GAAAAUUUCACGCCGGUGCCAUCCUUUAUGCAAAGAGCUGUAAACUAGGCUGAAAGCCCAUCCUCCCUGGGUCUCCCUCAGAACUUUCUACAAUACUUGCCAGUCUGAGGGUAUUUAACUCAGGCUCGCGUGGAGGCUCCUCAUGAGGUUCUUGUACUAAGUGUUAAAGUAUAGUCUACUUAUGUUCUCUUAUCCGCCGCAAAUUUGGCUCUCAUUACACUCCAGCGCGCCCCAUCACUGCACUCCAGCGUGUCCUCCCUCGUCUCUGGCCAGGUUGACCCAAAAACAGGACGGUGAGCUGCGAUAAACGGUCAUCUGGGUUCAUUUCCGUCGUCGCAGACCACCUGGCAUUUCUCUGAUUAUCAGGACAGUGCCACACUGGAUGUUCCUGGGGCAAUUCCCGAUUCUAUGUAGGUCUUAUACAGGUUGGCGUGACUGCGGUUUCACCGAGGCUCAUUCGAAAUCGCCUACUUGCAACUGUACGAUAUGGCUACAAGAGCUCCUGCGAUGUCGAAGUUGCUCCUGCAACCAAACACGGAAGAGUCCGAUGAGGCGAUUCUAGCUAAGCUAGGAUACAAACAGGAGUUUCGCAGGGAAUUUACUCCACUAGAGGUGUCUGGACUUGCAUUCAGCUUUACAGGAGUACUCCCUGGUAUAGCCGCCAUGCUAUUUAAUGCCAUACCAAAUGGUGGGCCUGUCGCUAUGGUGUGGGGGUGGGCACUUGCUUGCCCUUUUGUCAUGUGCGUUGGGUUGGCGAUGGCAGAGCUCGCGUCAGCAGCACCUACUUCUGGUGGCCUAUACUAUUGGACUUACUCCCUUGCCUCUCCGCGGUGCCGCAAUUUUCUAUCGUGGAUGGUUGGCUAUGCGAAUACCAUAGAGAAUAUCGCAGGAGUCGCUUCCGGAAACUGGGCUUGCGCAAUUCAAAUCACAGCAGUGAUUAGCAUUGCUACUGACCAGGCAUACACAACUAACAACAAGCAGCUCUAUGGCAUAUAUGCGGCUUUGAUAUUGUCACAUGCUGUCCUCGUGAGCCUCGGUACCAAGGUCUUGGCAAGACUGCAGAGACUAUACGCGACGGUGAAUUUGUGCUUGUGCUUCAUAGUCAUUAUUGCGCUUCCGAUCGCAACGCCGCAUGAAUAUCGAAACAGUGCAAGUUUUGCGCUAGGCGAAUUCACAAACUUGAACGGCUGGCCAUCUGGUUUUGCGUUUAUCUUGAGCUUAUUGUCUCCUCUCAGUAUAAUGGCCGGUUAUGAUGCCAGCGUCCACAUAAGCGAGGAGGCCUCGAACGCCGCCAGCGCGAUACCAUGGGCGAUCACUAGUUCCAUUGCCGUGUCAGCUGUCCUUGGUUUGGGAAUCAAUAUCACCAUUGCUUUUUGCAUGGGCACUGACCUCGGCGGCCUUUUGAACAGCCCUAUGGGUCAGCCGAUGGCGCAGAUCUUGUAUAAUUCGUUUGGGAAGACAACGACCUUGGCACUGUGGUGUCUCAUUAUUUCCUCGAUGUACAUGGUGGUAUCGAACGCCCUCCUGGUAGGCUCUCGCCAGACAUUUGCAUUUGCUCGUGAUGGAGCCCUCCCACUUUCGCGGUAUUUGUACCGGAUCAACGGUUACACAAAAACACCAGUCAAUACGGUUUGGUUCGAUGCCGUCUUUAUUCUGGUAAUCGGACUUCUCGCGUUCGUGAGCACGCCGGCCAUCAAUGCGAUAUUCACAAUUGGUGUCACUGCGUCAUAUGUCUCUUUCAUAACGCCUAUCACGACCCGCUUCGCGUUCAAGAACGACUUUAAACCCGGCCCAUUUCAUCUUGGGAAACUGAGCUUUCCGAUCGCUGUGAUCGCUGUGUCGGGGAUGGUCGUCAUGAUCAUUGUUUUCUUCUUUCCCUCGACCCCGCAAACGACUGUGCAGGAAAUGAACUAUACAGUUGUGGUCCUUGGAGGGUACAUGUUCCUUGCAGUUUCCUGGUAUUAUUUCCCGGUGUAUGGAGGCGUGCAUUGGUUCAAGGGACCGGUGUCCAACCUUACACCAGCCAUCACAGGCGACCACAGGGACCAUGGUUCUGUGUCGGAGAAGGAGGAACAACGCGAUGCAGAUAUCUAUGUUUCAGUGUUAGAUGUAUAAGUAGUGUUCGCGUCGUGAAGUCGUCGGUAUACAAAAUGAUAUUUCAACAGAUUUUGAAGAUCAUAACACGGUUAUCCCUUGCUCCCGAAGCUUACCCUCAGCGCAUCAUUCGACGAUCUCCGCAACCGUGCGCGAUGCGAGUAGCUGACGCCCUUGGGACUAGCAACCGUGUCAGUAAUACCAAUACUGAAUAUGUUGCAGCACAGCCAGAAAAUCAGGAUGCCAGCGAAGAGGCACAGAAUAUAUCCGAUAUCUCGCCGUUCUCAAAGAACAUCCGUUGUUCACGGGUCAAUGAUGGUGUUUGAGGGUUUCGGAUCCGGGGCCUGACGAAUGUUAAUAUCCUGUCACGGGUUUCGAUUUGAUAAUGGCAGCUAAAUAUUGGCAUCU